GUAACCACAGAGAUGAGGCCUGGAGGGAGGAGUUUCUGCCCCAGCAGGUGAAUUUAAGGGCCAGAUCUGAGCCCUGGAAGGCUCCAGUGGAUGCCAGGUAUCUGAAGGGCAAAGGCAGGGGCUGCUGGAGCCUGCAUCAUGUCGAGUCCACAGAGGAGGAAGGCUCUGCCCUGGGCACUGUCACUGCUUCUCAUGGGCUUCCAGCUCCUGGUGACCUAUGCCCGGUGCUCUGAAGAGGAAAUGGGUGGUAAUAAUAAACUAGUCCAGGAUCCUAUGUUCCUCGCCACAGUGGAGUUUGCCUUGAACGCUUUCAACGUGCAGAGCAAGGAGGAGCAUGCCUACAGACUGUUGCGCGUUCUGAGUUCAUGGAGAGAGGAUACCCUGGACAGAAAGUGGCGAGGUAAGAUGGUGUUCUCCAUGAAUCUGCAACUGCCCCAGACUGUAUGUAGGAAAUUUGAAGAUGACAUUGAAAACUGCCCUUUUCAAGAAAGCCCGGAGCUGAACAAUGUAAGACAGGGCGUCAGCUUUCCUCAGGUCCACAAUUGUGGAUGCUGCAUGGGGUGUGGUGUGGGCACAGGAGCAGCUGACAAAGCCAUUCCGAGCGACAAAGGCAAGUGAGCCCACAGCAGGCUCUACCAGGCUGCCCUGCUUGUGCCUUAGUGGGAAGCCCAGUGAGGCAGGGAGCCCAGGGCUUCACUUUCAGGCCCCCAGCCAAUCUGAGUUUCCUGACUCUGCCCUCUGACACCAUUGCAGCUGCCUGCACCUGGGCCACAUGGCCUUCAGAACCUUCUCUCUGGUCUUCCUCCCCACUUCUUCCCUGCCUUC